GGGCAGCAGCUGUUUUGCUUAGAUCUUAGCAAGCUUCCAGUCUCACCAUGAGGGAGUGCAUUUCCAUCCACAUCGGGCAGGCUGGCGUGCAGAUGGGCAAUGCCUGCUGGGAGCUAUACUGCCUCGAGCAUGGGAUCCAGGCGGAUGGGACCAUUCCUGGCCCCAAGCAGGUGAAACCUGUGGAGCCGAAGUCCGAACAAGUGGAUUCAUCUUUUGAGACCUUCUUCUGUGAGACAGCGUCUGGGAAGCACGUGCCUCGGGCAGUGUUCAUCGACUUGGAGCCUACUGUCAUUGAUGAGAUCAGGACUGGGACCUACCAUGCGCUCUUCCACCCAGAGCAGCUCAUCAGUGGCAAGGAAGAUGCUGCCAACAACUAUGCCCGUGGCCACUACACCAUUGGGAAGGAGAUUAUAGACACUGUCCUCAGCAGAAUUCGUAAAAUGGCUGACCAGUGCAGUGGCCUCCAAGGGUUCCUGGUCUUCCACAGCUUUGGGGGAGGCACAGGCUCUGGCUUCACCUCUCUCCUCAUGGAGCGGCUCUCCGUGGAGUACAGCAAGAAGUCCAAGCUGGAGUUCUCGGUGUACCCAGCCCCACAGGUCUCCACAGCAGUGGUGGAGCCCUACAACUCCAUC